AUGUCCUUGAAUUCCAUCGCGGGGAAAUCUUGCCCUCCUCGCCAUGUGCAACCCAAUCUCAAUAGGAGUGACUACAUGUGGAAUGAAGACACAAACAGCGACAAGUUGAAAGAUGGAUGCAUUGAGCUGCUGAAAGCAAAGAUCAAUGCGAAACGUGUGGACUGUAUGGGGCCCUCCAACGAUCUGACAUAUCCGACUGGUGAUGAAAGCAAGUCUAAUUCCUUGAUGGCGCGAAUCGCAAGCUCGCCUUCGAGUACGUUCCUCGCACCACCCGGAUACAUUUUCUGUCUACAAGCUGUUUAA